AAUACCUGCACCGCUCAAACGCGCUCGCCACUCCGUCCGACAGACUCCGCCAGCAUGGUCCUCUGCGCGCAGUACACCAACUACCAGCAGCUGCACAGCCUGAAGCUCACCGCCACGAUCCUGACCCACUUGGCCUCGCACACCCCAGCCAUCCCCGGACGACACAAGACCAAACCCGCACGGCUGCCUGGUAUCCGCUCGCUAUUCAGCGCCGCCACCACCGACGAUGCUGACUCGCCUCUGGCUUCCGACACUGCCAUGUUGCCACCGUUGCAGUGCGCUGUGGGCCUCGUCAACCUCGGCAGCCCAGUCGCCGAGCAAUCGCCCGUCGCCAGUCCAACAAAGCCAACUGUGGGCUCGCCGACCAGCCCAGGCAUGACCCCCACCAGUCCGAUCUGCCACGGCUCCACCUUCCCGGAGCCGUCGACCAUCAGCCCGAAGACGCGUCGCCCACUAUCGCUGCACGAUCUGCUGUCCGCCGAGGCCCCCGCUGCGCUGCCCACUCGCCGCGGCAAGAACCCGCACCACCGCCGCCAAUGCGGCAUCGCCGACUGCCACAAGUACGCGCUGACCGGCGGGUUCUGCAUCCGCCACGGCGGCGGCAAGCGCUGCAACUUCGAGGGCUGCCAGACGGUCGCUCAGAGCGGCGGCAGGUGCAAGGCCCACGGCGGCGGCAGCAAGUGCAAGGUGGCUGGCUGUGGCAGCGUGGCACGGCGCAAGGGCUUCUGCAUGUCGCACGGCGGCCGCCAGCAGUGCAAGGUCGACGGCUGCGGCAAGUGCGCGCACGGCGGCGGCUUCUGCAUCUCGCACGGAGGGGGCAAGCGCUGCUCCUCCAAGGCGUGCAACAAGAGCGCGCAGGCCGGCGGCUUCUGCUACAGCCACGGAGGAGGCAAGCGUUGCGCCGCGCCCGAGUGCUUCCAGGCCGCGCGCAAGGGCGGACUCUGCAUCCGCCACCGCAAGGCCGCGCAGCGGGCUUGA